GAUGUAUAGUUAAAAAAUGGGAGGGCACACUUGAACCGAGCUGCUCUAUGAAGGUAGGCUGCAGCGUGUGUUUAUUGAUGAGAUGAAAAGAAGAUGGAAGUGAGAAAUGAAACAAAGUAAGGGAACAUAGAGCUAUUAAAACAAACUCAACGCGCUUCGUCAGGGGAAAACAGGGGGAAGCCUUGGAAACGCUGUCGCCACUUUUUGAACGAGCUUCGAAGUGCAGGGUCUGUCCAGCAUAUCCCAACAUACAUUAAGAGGAAGACUGGUCACUGAGAUAACACACAAACAGAAAAAGACACUCAGGGAGGCAACAGGAUCUACCUGUUAAAGGGCCAGUCCAGCAUAUCCCAACAUGCAUUUAGAAGACACCAGGUCACUCGGCUAACACACAGAGAAACCACAAAGAGCAACACAUGAUUUGGACAGAGAGGACUGACAGCCUUGCCUAGCACCAGGCCUCUGAUCAGCCAUCUCCACCAGCAAACUGAAGCUUGACCCGCACUUCAUCACCAGCCACACAAGCAUCUUGUUAACAAAACGUCAUCUAACUGUGACAUCAGUUGCAAGGGGAUGACCGAGCGCAUUCAUAACAUCAAUCUCCACAACUUCAGCAAUUCUGUACUUGAGACCCUCAAUGAGCAGCGCAACCGUGGGCACUUCUGUGACGUGACUGUUCGGAUCCAUGGAAGUAUGCUGCGAGCUCACCGCUGCGUGCUGGCUGCUGGAAGCCCCUUUUUUCAGGACAAGCUGCUCUUGGGCUACAGCGACAUUGAGAUCCCUUCUGUGGUCUCGGUGCAAUCCAUCCAAAAGCUGAUAGACUUUAUGUACAGCGGGAUUCUGCGGGUAUCUCAGUCAGAGGCUCUGCAGAUCCUCACUGCUGCCAGCAUCCUACAGAUUAAGACCGUCAUUGAUGAGUGUACCCGCAUUGUGUCCCAGAAUGUGGGCCUGGCUGGGCCGGGGGGGUUCCCUGUUAUACCAGGAGAUUCUGGUCAGGAAACACCUCGCGGCACACCAGAGUCCGGCACCUCCGGGCCCAGCAGCGAUGCAGAGUCAGGCUAUAUGCAAGCAACAUCACAGCAAAACAUGGAUCGUGCAUACACAUCACUGUACUCUUACCCUGGCCUCUCACUGCAGAAUGGCACCCGCGAGCGACCCCUUUACCUUAACCCUCUGUCGACAAAUUAUGAUCCGAAUCUCAGCACUCAGAAGGACCAGCAAUCUCAAGAUUCACCCUGGAUAAACCAUGCGCGGGAAAGAUCUCAGCAGGUCGAUCGCUUCAUUUCCACAGCAGAGUCCACCCACUGCCGCAAGCAACCCCGACCGGUACGCCUACAAACAGGAGGGAUGCACAUAAAGCAAGAGGCCGAAGACGACUACAGCUGCUAUGAGAAUAUGGGGGACUGCCAAGAUGACACUGACCACACUGAGGGUGUAGAGAGUGAAUCCAAGGUUGAAAGUUUUGACUCAGGGGUGAGCUCCUCCCUCAGUACGGAGCCAGAUACCAUGGAGCAGCAGCCGUACAUGACGGGCUUUAGCCGAGAGGGGAGCGGGGAAGGGCAGCAAGUUGAAGGAGCUCCAGUGCAGAUAGAGGUCAAUGACUCGUCUCCAGAGCAAGUGCAAGAGACAGAGGACGGGGACACAUCCCACAGCACUAGUGACAGUAGCAUGAUGCAGACCCUGCCAAACUCAGUCAAACUCAGUCCUAUGUCCCAGUACAUGCGCCAGGCAGAAUCACACACCAGCAACCUGAGGAUGCCGCUCACCGUGACCAGCAAUUCCCAAGUGAUGGGCACUGCUGGAAGCACCUUCCUGCCCACACUCUUUCCCACACAGCCGGCUAGAGACCACAAGCCUUUCCUUUACCUUCCUGGCCAACAGCAACCCCAGUUUGUGACAGUGCCGCCCCCUGCAAUGCCAUCAUUCCCGAACGCCAUGUCGGUACCGCAAGCGCCAGCUCAGCAACAACAGACUGCUGGAGGAAUUGGUCAGGGGGAAAAGAAACCCUAUGAAUGCACUCUCUGCAGUAAAACCUUUACUGCAAAACAGAACUACGUCAAGCACAUGUUUGUCCAUACUGGUGAGAAGCCUCAUCAGUGCAGCAUCUGCUGGCGCUCGUUCUCCCUGAAGGAUUACUUAAUUAAACAUAUGGUGACACACACAGGGGUGCGGGCCUACCAGUGCAGCAUCUGCAACAAGCGUUUCACCCAGAAGAGCUCUCUCAACGUCCACAUGCGGCUGCACCGUGGAGAGAAGUCCUAUGAAUGCUACAUCUGCAAGAAGAAGUUCUCACACAAGACCCUGCUGGAGAGGCACAUGGCCCUGCACAGCACAGCCAACGCCAUCACAGGGCUGUCGGGGAGUCCAGGCACCUCGGGCCCAGUCUCUAUUCCCAUGCCUAUGGCUGUCCCUGAGCCAGGAGCUGGAGUGGUGGCCCUCGCCAUGCCAGUAAGUGGAGGUGCUGGAGUAGGGGCUGGGGUUGGAACAGGAGUGGGUGUAGCUGCAGAAGCGAGCUGCCAAGAAGGGACCACCUACGUGUGCUCCGUCUGCCCUGCCAAGUUCGACCAAAUGGAGCUCUUCAAUGACCACAUGCGAAUGCAUGUCUCUGAUGGAUAAGUACAAAUAGAUAAACUUCUUUCAAAAAGAAUGACAAAUAAAAUGGCACUAGAUUUUCCUUUUCUUAUUUUGAGGUAUGAAGAGUAAUGAGUAUAGACACUGGCACAUUAAGUUUCCCAAAAAAAAAAAAGAUUUUUUUUUUGUUAUUCUAAAAGAAAAAAAAGAUGGUGGCCUUAAGGCUUAGUAGUUUGAUAUUGAUCUACUGGAUGGAUCCUAACUACAGGCCUCUAAAUGUAUGCUUUCCUAAAAUACUGAUUUAUGUGUUGAACACUACCGAAAGGCCUACGAAAGAAACACAUACACACAAACACACCUAGUGUAGAUUGGUCUGAAUGAAUAUACAUGUGCAUAUACGUUUGAGCAUUUGUGUAUUUGCAUGUGUCCGUCUGUUUGUCCAAGUGUGUGUGUGUGUGUGUGUGUGUGUGUGUGUGUGUGUGUGUGUGUGUGUAUACAAUGCCAUGGAACAUAAAUCGUGGCAGUUGUGAACCCAUACUGACCAGUUUGGAAACUAUAGAUGUCCAAGCUUACUGUGGUAUAACUUACAACAACAAUAACAACAACAAAAAAAUCAUUUGGGGUUGGGCUACAUAUUCCCUCUAAAAAUAUACUGAUGGUCACAAGAUUGCCUUCUUCCAUAGAAUAACAAAGGAGAGUAGUUAAUUUGACACUGGGUUUUAUUUAUUCCUAUGGUAUUAAGGGAUUAUAAUGCAGCUGUUGUCAAGGUACCAAUUUCAAUCAUUUUACUGAAAUGUAACUUCCUGUCAGCAGUGACGGGAACAGAUAUUUCUCAUAUGUUUUAUAAUUCUCGUCCAUGCAUUAUGAUGAUUACUAAAUUAUGGUGUGUUGAUGAGCAAAAAUCUGUUUCUUUUUUUCUGAAGUUUGGAGUUUAACUCAUUUGCAUACACUGCCACUAAUAUCUUAAAAGACUGUUAAGGCUAGUAGACCUCUUCCAUUUGAAAACAUAAGAAAAAAAGAAAGAUUCUUUUGCUGAUGUUUUUUUUUCUUCUAUUUUUAGCCUUUUACCAUUCACAGUUAUGGCAGGCUGGAAUAUGCGACUAAACUCUCUCCUUCAUAAUUGCUGCUCCUCAACUUGCACCUGACUGUUAUGGGAUUUAGAUAAAAAAAAAUGUCACUUCAACUAUUGUUGUUAUUGAGUAGCCUAUGUGGAUUUAAUUUGACUGAACUGAAUUAGAAUAUGGGGUGGGGUGGGGACUGUUAGGCUAGUUGUUGAUUGGAACAGUGUUGUUGAAGAGGGGGUAAUUUAAUUUGAUUCAAAAUUGAAAUUGAAAUAAAUGUCAUCCUGAUCCUAGAACCCCUGUAUAACCUGUUCAUGAUGGUUGCAAAGCUAUUUCAGCAAGUGGGAGCUAAAUGCAUUACUGUUUAUGUUUUGGCUCUCCCUGAUGGCUCAAAUGGUGUUGCAUCGUUUCGAACUGAAAUACAGUCUGAAAACUAAACAACUAGGUCUGCUGAUUGAUAUCACACUGUUUCAUGAUAUACCACAAGUUGCAAAUGGACUUUGUAGACAAUAGCAUACAUUCCUGAUGUUUCUAAAAACCUAGACACAGCAUGUACAGAAUAGAGUUGGAAGCUAGUGUGCGCAAGUUGUCAUCCACACAUCACAUCACUUAAGACUCAUUUCCAAUUUUUGAAUUCUUAUCUAUCUUUUUAUCCAAAAUAGGAAACACACAGACACACACACACACACACAUACAACUGCCUGCAACUGCAAUCUGAAGGAUUUGCUCCUUGAAUGUGAGCAAACACUUUCGUAGUUGUAUUAUUAAAAGAAUAACUAACUGCAUACGGGGGUCUUAAAAAGACCUGCUGUCGAUUCAUAAAAACAAAGUGCUACUUUGCACAUUUUCUUAAAAUGCCUGUGCUUAUUAUUUAAUCAUUUUUCCUUAAAUGAACUUCUAUGAUUUUUCGUUUAUUCAAUUUCAAAGGAAAAAAGUAACAAACAUUUUUUUUUUUUUUUAAAUCUUGAUAAGUGGACUGCAUUAUUUUCUUGCAUAUAUGUUGCACUGCUUAAACCAAUAAGUGCACUACUGUUAACAGAGAUAUUAUAGUUUUAGAAAAGAGGAUUUUUUUUAAAUCUAACAUUUGGUUGUAGAGUUCACUUGUAAUAGAAUAGCUUUGUUUCAAUUUCUUCAUAAAGUAAUUCAGCGAUUCUUGGCUUUCGUUAUUGCUUGCAGUUACUUACAGUAUAUUCUUGUGCCGUGUUAAUGCAAGCAUUUGUUUUUAUUUAAACCUGUACCAUUAUGUGUGCUCGUCAAUGUUUUUAACCUUUGAAUUCACUCUUCUAUGGAGUCAGUUCCCUAUAACAGUUUAUUUGAUUUCUUUAUAAAUACGAGUUUUCCUAUGAGAGCAUCCAAGCCAAACAACAUAAAACAGUGAAACAACAACAGUAAUAAUAGACAAACUCUCCUGCCCAACUCUGGUGGUGGAGGUAAUAAUAAUAAUAAUACCUAUUAUUAUAUUAUUAAUAAUACAUUUAUACUGUGUGUGUGUGUGUAACAUAAAUGAUAUGUGUGUCCUAGAACAACUUUGUGUGGGUUUAGGGUGUGGGGAGGUGAUGGAAUGCAGCUUCUUUGAUAUCUGUCCGUCAGUUGUACACACUUGUGUCCCUUCCUUAGUGUUUGUAUGUUUGUGGAUAUCUGUGUGUGGUAUAUAGCCUAAUCAAACUGUUGAUAAGUGGAAUAUCUGAACUGUAGGGCUUCCUUUGCAAUAUGCAGCGCAGGUACUUUGAGAAGCAGCUCUCCAAAUCCUUUGGGCUAACAGGGCACCUGGAACAUUUGUUCUCUGAGAUUUGACGAAAACUCAAGUACAAGUACUGUUGACUUUGUCAGACCAGUUUGGAGAAGUUAAAUUUCACAUGAUUGCUACUAGAUUUCUGGUCUCUGUGGAGUCAGCUUUAGAUGAAGUCAAGCGAUGAGACCUGGAGAAAUUCUGCAUUCUGCUUUUCUCGGCUAAGAAAAAAAAAUAUUGAUCAGAUGUGAGAAGAAUAGUGAAAAGGUGUGAGGUUAGUCCUCAGUAAAAGUAGCACAUUAUUUAACAUUUGAUUGGGCCUGUCUCUUAUGGUGUGCAUAUAAGCCUAAACUGUAUGGUUCUUGUUUGUAGCUGUCGUUGCCAGGAUGGCAAUAUUGCUGCAUGCUAGUGCUAUAUUUGUCUCUACACAGCACGUGGAGGGUAAUCUCAUGCCUUAACAGACAAUGCACUAAAUAGAAUAUGUAAGCAACUGCCGAGAUCUCUUUCCAAAAGUAUUGCCACGUGUAUGGCACACAGCUCAUGAUGUUGGUGUUCGUUGUCUGUUCAGUACCGAGUUAAACACUGCCAAACUAACAUCCUCACUUCUUUAACAGCAAAGGCAGAGACAUGAAUUGAAUUGUUUCCGUGUAACGUGUGUGUUCGGUAAUCUAGCAUUCCUUCAUGGCACCUAAAUUUUACAUAUUUUGUGUAAACACAUAUAUCAAAUGCACUAUUGACUGUAGCUAGAUGAGUACAACCAGCUUUGUGGUAUCAUUGGUCUAAAUAGUAGGUUAAGUAGCUUGAUGUUGGUUUUUGAAAUAUUUGAUUUCAGAAUUACACUAUCAAUCCUUUCUCUAUCACUUUUUUUGGAGUAACAAAAGUAGCCAAUCUCAACGUUAUCUGGAUGAGGGCUAAUAACUCGUCCCAUCGUCAGUUGACUUUUUGUAUCAUAAGGUGUUUGAUAGCAGACCAGGCUCGGAAGGGGAAGAACUUUUCUCCAGUGUGUCAUAACAUGCUAUAGCAUACCCAGCCCCCUCCCUGCCCCGUUGCAUUAGUAUCACACGCCCUUCACUGUCCAUAGUUAUAUAUUCCUUAUACUGCUUCAGCUACUCGUGGUGGUGCUUAAUUCUCUUUUCUCAGUGUUGCAAAGAGUCGGUUGAAAAUUGUUGAAGAGUUGCAACAUUAUCCAGAAAAUAAGUCCUUAUCUCAAUCGUGCUUCUUCUAGUUGUUAGUCUAGAUUUUAUGUUUUUCAAAAGUGUACGCAUAUUUUCCAGAACAAAACAUAAUGAAAAGUAGAUGAUAGCCUUGAGCCUGCAGCUGUUUGUGUUGUGUUUCAAAUAUAUUCCUGUUUAUGUUCUGUUUAUCUUAGCGUAGAGACACAGGGUCUACAGUACAUUGUUGUCCUUCUUGCAGUAAGUUGAAUACAUUGUUAUAAUCCUUUAUUUCUGAAUUCCUCCUGCUUUUUCCUGGUGGUCAUAGUGGUGUUGUUAAUACAUACAUAGCUUCACGCGACUGGAUAAAGGAUAGUCGGUUAUUUUUCACAGUGUACUAUAUAUGCAUAUAUGCUUGGCAUUGAAAACAAGGAAAUGGAAGAUAGUAAUGGUGAGGGUCGUGUUGAGUAAGGAACAGGAUCAUUUUUAUUCUGAUAAGCAUGUCUGUCUUCCUGUUUGUCUUUCAGUCUGUCUCCACACAUUUUAAGUCAGUUUUCUCUUUUUUAUUUAGGCAUGAAUAAAGUCACAAAGUAGAACACAGAAAACCAUUCAUAUAAUACGUACAGUAACUGCAUUUUUGUCCUUCUACAGAACACAUAAGAGUGAAAUAGAUCUUACAGAUAUACUAUAUAUAUUUUAAGUAUCACCAUCUCCACACAGAUAAAGAAUACAUUUUCAGAUAGUUUGAUAAAAUCAUACUUGCAGCUAGAGUAUACAAUACCUUGUGGGAUAUAGGGAAUAUGCCUAUCAAGUGCCUAUCAGUACAUACAGCAACUAUACAGAAGAUUCAUAGUUUUUCUCUCCUACAUUGCACAAAUACAGUAUAUACACAAUGGACGAAUGAAAAUAUACUAUUUAUACUAUUUCUGAUAAAAACCUGGUGGUUGUGAGUGCAUUGUAAGAGAACCCUUUAAAAUACCUGAAAUGGUUUAUUCAUAUAAAGGCUACAUCUGUAAGUUUUAUUUUUAUCUUACAUUUAUACCAUUUGGAGGAUUCAAAGAUAUAUAUAUAAACUGCAAUCACAUGUCUAAAUAAAAUGUAGAAGAAAGGCGGGCAUUAGAAAUAUUUUCUCUUUCACGUUGCUCUCUCUUUCAUCAAUAAGGCGUCAUUAUUUUUAUUUUUAUUUUAUUUUAUUUUUUGUCACUUGCAAACAAGCCAUAUGCUGCAACGUACUGUAUGUUUGAUGAGGGAGAGGGGGGGCAGUGGCGUUUUGUGAACAGCAGGGGGAGCCUUGUAUCAGCUGGAAGAGUGGAAGUUUCCACACUGCCUGCCACCAUGAAUGCCAUUAUUUGGCUAUUUUAGAAUCGUGCUGUUGGUAAAAAGAAUGUAAUAACAUAUAGUAUGGCAGUAGUGACGCAACCGGCACUUUUUAAAAAUGAAUGAAACAGCUGUAAACCACUGGACCACAACCACGAUGUACUUUGGAACCAGUGGCACCCUGACCUUGGUGGCCAGCCCUUCCACGUGCCAGUCAGCACCCAUUUCCCCUCAGUAAUGAUCAUUAAGGUUUUAUCUUAUCUGACCGCCUUGUUGUUUACAUAUAGCUUGAAAUCGUAAAGGGCAAGCAAUGAGCAACGUGAAAAGAAAAAGAAUAUAUACAAUUUGAGACUGACUGAUUGUUAUAGCCAAAACUUGGACAAAGAACAACUGAAAAUUGAAAAUUUUGGCUGCAGUUUAACGUCGGCCUCCACACACAAUGUGCGCGUUUAAGUGGCUGGAUGAAUAACAUGAAAACUAAACUAAAAGAGGAUACUGUCGAAUGAAACCCACAAAUCAAGUUUCAGGACCGAGUGGCUGCGAGAUAAAAGCAUUUUGGGAUGGCUGAUUUUUCUGUCCCCUGUGGACUAAUUACCACAGUUUUUUCUGUAACCUUCUCCAGCCUAGUUACUGAGCCAAAUUUAGGGAUUGGGGGGAGGGGGCAUUUUUAAAUGAUACUACUAUUAUAGCACUAUUGAUGUGAGAACCAAGAAGAAAAAAACAGAAAUACAGGAAUAGAUUAGAAAUUUGUAAAAGCCAACAGGCAGCGUAGCAAAAGCAAGUGAUUGCCUUUAUUUUGAAUCUUUCAAUCCUCCAUAACACAUAGCUUUCAAGUAAAUAGGAGAAAACAGCUAUGAUUAACAAAUACACACUUUCAUAGACAUUUAUUGUUGAAAUUAAAGAUAUAGGCAAUGUGAUAUAGCUAGUCCCUGUCAUCCAAACGUCACACUGUGACGGACUCAGAAACCGCAUCUGUUCCCUGUCAAAUAUCCACACUUUGAUUUGUGUUUUUUUGAUGCAGCUGUUCAUAUUUUUACAGCUAAACUAAGCUAGAUUAUAUUCACUAUGAUGCAAUUAUUACACUACCCCUGGUGAGGUUUUUAAUAAAGCAUCAACAUCAGGUUACUACCAUGGAUCAGUCCAAACCGAGCAUGCAGUCCUGCCACACAGACCCCCCCCCCCCCGUAAGGGAGUACCUUGUCUUUGACGGAGCACAAGCUAUAUUUUGAGUGUCCCUCGACAACAAGCAUUCAGUACCUUUUCUUUGUCACAAUUAGCCUCUGAAGACUAAACACUCAGCCCUCUCUGUGCUCUCAGUCACUGUAGUCUUUUGGGCUUAGUUCAGCUUGAUGGGACGUUUUAAAAGUGUGCAGCAGUGUAACUAAAAACAUGCAUUCCUGUUUUAAGUCCAGCACAUUCCAACUCUGAGUCUGGCAGUCAUUUCUUUUGUUUUUUUUCCACACUUAACUAAUAUUAAGCAGAAAUUCCAGCGCUUAAUCGUUUUACAAACCUGUUGCAUAUUUGAAAAAUGUUGCAUUAAAGUUAAGCAAAAUUUUCCCCUAAUACACCCCCCCCCCCCCUUUUUUCUGUGGUUUAAGAAAAAGGUUAUUAUUGAAAUUUUGCUACGAGAUCACGAGCCUCAUGAGCGUUGAGCACUGCAGCUUAUGCUUGUGUGGACUGGUUUUAUAGACAACAUGCACUAUGCUAACACUCUGUCUCUCUGUGUGUGUGUAGGUCACUCUUUUAUAGUGCAGAGACUUACGUUUUCAAAAAACAAAAACGCAAAAAGAGAUGUCCGUGAUGCUGGCCUCAGCCGACAUGUAUUCAGCCAUAGCUGCAGAUUCAAAACUUCAGCGCUGCUCCUCAAAGGGGCUGCCGCUGGUAGUUUUCAAAACGGGGCCAUGCUAAUCAUUACAUGUUAAAGGACAAUAAUAAAAAAAAUAAAAAUAAACUAGACAAAGUUUCGUUUUGACAAACCAAAGAAGGGUUAGAAUAGUUUAUGGAGAAAAUAACAUUUCUUUUUAAGGUGUGUGGGGUUCGUACAUUUUGAGUUAGAUUGCUACAGUUAUUACUAUUUUGGGGGGUUUCUUCUCAUGCCAGGGUGCUUGUGAAGUUGCAUAUAUGUUUUGUCACUUGAUUGGUUGUUUUGUGGUAGUGUUUAUUUGCCUGUUGUAGACCAAAAUAGAUUUUCUAUCAUAAGAAAUGCAACAAAACAUAAAAACUAAUCAGACACAGCAGCUGCGAUGUGAACUAUGGCACGUUAAAAAUAUGUAGAAGACUGUAAAUGCUGCAUAGUCACUCAUCAGUCACGACACACAUUUAACAAAUCAGCGUACACCUUUUUCAACUCUGCAUUGGACUCUAUCUAAAUAGUUUGUCAGAUUUGUAUCUUCUAACAUUGGGUGUCCUUUGAAUCUGACUUAGAGUACAUUCAGCCAUUUAUACUUGAGAUGGACCAAGAUGUUAAGUUUGCACAUAUUUGUAAGUUGUUUAUUACACCAAAAAAAGGAAAGAGAAUAAUGACACAAAUGUUUAAUGUUCACCGAAUAAAAAAAAAAAGCAUCAGGGCCGGCCAUCACUAAUACGACAAAAAUUAAUUCAACUGGUUAGGUACCAUUCUAAUAGAAACACGUAAUCUGCAAGUAGAACGCAAACCAAUUGGCAAAAUCUGGCAACAUACAAUAUAGUAUCACUGUAAGCUCUCAUUCUAGGUGAAUCUGCUGUACAUUUUUCAUCCUGUGUAUUCAAAAUAGGACAUUUAAUUACUGUAAUCCAGGCAAAGUUUUGUACCUGGGCCGAAGAUAUUCACAGUGUAAAUCUGAAAUUACAGGCACCCUAAUAAAAAGCAGCUCUUUUUUGUUUGUUGUUUGUUUUUCAUCAGGCUUUCAGGCUUUUGGUGCCAUAUCAUGUAUCUAGAUGCUUUUGUAAACAUGCACUUGAGUUGAACUAUGAGAUGUGCUUAUAAAUAUGUGUAUAUUUUGUUAGGCUUAUUGUUUGUUUGUUUUUUUCCUUUGGCCUAUGUUAGCUUGAUAUUUUUAUUAUUUCCCUACAAAUACAAAACAAAAAAACUUCUAUAUAGUUAUGAACUUGGCAGAAGUGGAGCUGUUGUAGUAAGAGGUAGUUAACAUCACAACUAAGCAACCCUGAAAUAUAUGCUGCAGUAAUGUGUUUUCAGUUUGUUUUUAAUAAUUUAUGCUCCAAGUUGGUUUGUAUUUUAUUAUUAUUAUUAUUAUUGUUAUGAAACAAGCUUGUUUGAAAUGUAUUGACUGCUGUUUUGAAAUAGGGGAUAAAGAUUCUUCUUCUUUCUUUUUUUUUUUUUAAUAUGUGCAAGGGCGUUUUUUUAUUAUUAUAUAUACACAUGUAUAUAUAAAUAUAUACAUGUGUAUAUAUAAUAUGAUUUGUCAAACACUGGACUGGAGUGAGUUUUCCAACAUUUCCAAGUUGAGAGAUAUAUUUGACAGACAUGACUGCACAGACGACACCCAUUAGCACAGAUGUGAGCUGACAGAUGAAGAGCAUCCUCCCAAGCUCUACUGGGGAGGCCGGCUAACAUGGCUGCCAUCCCUCCCAUUGAAAAUAGAAGUAAUUUGGACAUGAGUUGUUUCCUCUCUGCUGGUUAAUUGGCUGAUCGGUUUCAUAUAUAUAAAUAUAUAUAUAUAUAUAUAUAUAUAUAUAUAUAUAUAUAUAUAUCUGUGUGUGUACAGAGAGAAAUGAUAGGAAGUAUUGAUUAGGGUUUCUCCUUCCAAAUUGUUACGCGGCAUAGGCUGGUGAUGGAUUUUUUUCUAUUCUUUUCCGAAAGAGUGCUCUCUUAAAUAUUCAGAAACUAAUCAUAAAGGGAUACCACUUCACAGCCAUCUGGUUAUCAAAAUCACCUGGUAUGUUCUUUCUAUGGUAGAGCAGCUGUGUCUCAUUUCACCAACCACCACUUCUCAAACCAGAAAAGAGAUUUGCACUAGACUGAUUUUAGGUCUUCUUCUAUCAAAAGCAAUAUAAUUCACUCAACACCUUUUUGAACCAUAUUACCGGAUGGUCGUAGCUGUCCCCCAUAGUGGGAAUGCUGAGUAAAUGGUGAUAUUUGACGAAUAUGUUUUUUGUAUUCAGAGGUACAGAAUUGGUCACCUUUUUAAAUGACAUCCACAUAUUGUUGUUUGUAGCAGGGUAUCCUUUCCUUUUCUUUAUCUUUCUUGUAUUCCCAGCAGCCCCCCCCCCCCAUACCCCGAGAAUUAGUGUCCAAAUUUGAGGGGCAUUAAAACUGUUGUUUCCUCCUGUGAUUGUUUUGGACAAAUCAAGCAGCUCAGACAGAUCUGAAGUAGGAGGUGGGAUGUUAUGAGGGAAGGAAUCAUUCACCGUGAGUCGCGUCGUCUUCACACAGACUACACAACACAUUAAAGACAAAUGCCAAAAUUGAAACCCAGCUCUCCCAUAAAAGCACCUAGAUGUUUGCAUAUUUGGUCACUCUGAGUGUUUUUCUUUUUCUGGGAUGUUACAAAAAAAAAAUAAAUGCUUUAAGACUUAAAAAAAAAAACAAAAUUCAAGCGCACCUUUUGUUGUCACUGGCUACUUACGUAGAAAAUCUGUCUCCACCAAAAUCAUCCUUUUUCCAACGAGGUCAUUUAGCAGCGACUGCUGACCUUGGCGUCAUUAUUUUGUUGAUGGAUGUGUAAAUUUUUCAAUAAUUCACAAACUUCACCAUUUUAUCUGGAUGUAGUAGCUUUCCUGUUUUCACCGCUUUGUGGUGUUGUUGAAAGAUGUUGCGGUUUGUCUAAAUAUGUUGCGUGUUAGAGGAAGCAUAAGUAUGUGCCUUCUUGUAAUCUCCUUGGUGAGCUUGUUAUUAUUGAGAAGUUGAAGCCAGCCAAUUGUGUUUGCACUAAAACCAAAUUGCUUUCGUGAUGUAGACUAUUUAAGCAAGCUUGUUGCGUCACUUUAACCGUACAGUAUGCAUGAGGGUGAAAUUGGUAAGUCUAGGGCUAGAGCUCUCAUCUGUUGACCUGUAAACCAGUGCAGCUUAGAGGAUCUUGUGAAUAUAUCUUGGCUUAGUUUCGCAUUUAGUUUUCAAACCCCAUCUUCUUACUCAUCAAGUUUUUUCACUAUUUCAACAGUUAAAAUAAAAUAAAAAUAGAAAAAAAAGAAUGAAAUAUCACAUACCAUGAAUACAAUACAGCUUUUACUUUCACAUGCCACAGUUAGAGUUACACAACUGCAGAAGAGAUAUUCAUUUUUCUGCAUCCAUGGGAAUGCAUGAGUACACAAGGUCGCCUCAAGACUAUUGGUCAAAAAUUAAUUCUUUUUUUGUGUGUGUAUUUAUUACAUAUUUUGUUGACAUCUGAGAAAGGCCUACAUGCUUUGAGUCUUACAAAUGCACCUUAUUCAUGUCAGUCCAUGUGGAGAAAAAAAAAAAGGCUGGCAAUGUAAUAUCCCUGAUUUAGCACCUUACUACGCGCAUGUUUUCACUUUAUGCCAGUUUAGCUCUUCUUCCAAAAGUAUGAUUUGAAAACUAAAAUCUCAUAUUUUGUGAAAUUGUUUCAUGGGAUGUGCCAAAGUUUGGAGGCGAUCUCCCAAGUGUUUAUGCUUAUCAUUUUCUUUUCCUCCUCCUUCAGUUAUAGCAACGGUAUGUCAAAACUUUCCUAUAACAGUGUGUGGAAUCAAUUUAUCUCAGCAAACAGUAUCAUUACUUGCCAUUUUACAAUAAGCCCUGUAUUUCACAUAUAUUUACCAGUGAUGUGUAUUUGUUAUUAUAAAGAAAAUAGCCGUAAAAGCUUCAUUAUGUUACAUAAUAUUGUGACUUUUUUCGAAAAACUGUGAAGACUUAUCUUGCAUAUACUUUAUACAGAAGUAUUAAGCCUUAAUACAAAAGACUAAAAAAAGUGUGGAAGAAUAAACUGAUUGUUGCUAAGUAAGGAUGAUUUUUGUAAAUGUUACCAGCACUUUUUUUGUAAUUUUCACUCUCUGAGGUAUUGUACAAGUUCAAGCUGUUUGUGAAGUUUGAUUAUGAAGGAAUAAAAACUAGUACUUUCCUGUACUUCA